AUGAAUAUCCCCGGGUUGGUGCUUCCAGCUUCACUUUUUCAACAGACUGAACAGCAGCAAUCUCUUAAAUGUAAUGACUUGAGCACUAAAUGUUCUUCUGUUGGUGAUAUGUCCAGACCUUUGGGAAAUGCAAUAAAGGAAGCUUCACGAGGUGGAAAAUCCCAAGAGAAUCUGACAGACAUUGGUUCCCUCAAGCAGAGUUCAGAUGAUCUUGGUGAACUCUGUAGGCAUUCCUCUGAUGGGAAUAAAUCAGCUGGCCUAGCAUCAAAUUCAUCAAAUUCAUCAAAUAUGGAUGAGCCAAUGAAAAAGAUCUCUAAGAAAAAGAAGAAAAGGAAGGGGAAGUUGAACAAAAAGCAAUUUCAAAAUAAUGUUGCUUCAAAAACUGAUUUGGCCAGUCUGACUUCUACUACCACUCAACUUGGUCCGGAAGAGAGUUCUUCUAUGACAGGACCAAUUGAAUGCAACCAACACAAUGAAGGGGUAUGCUAUCAGUCAUCGAAAGAGGUAAUUGAUUGCUAUGUUCACAAUGGAGUUACUUCCAAAUGUGAUAAUGGAUGUUCGGAGUCUACUCCUGACCCAGAAGGAUCACUACAUGUUUCAAAAACUGAUGAUAUUGAAUGUUUAUCUAGAAGCAAUAGGGAAACCCCCAAGGUAGUUGUUUUGCAGGAUUCUACAUCAGACUUCUGUAAAGUUGACAAUGUCAAUAGCACAGAGUUAGUAAGGAAGCAAGAUAAAGAUGCAACUUUCCCAGGUUCUGUCGUUAUAUCUGCCACAGGCUGGGAAACCGUCGAUUCAUGUUUGAAGGAUGCAGGCAACUGUGAAGAAAAAUCAUUCAGCAAUGCACAUUACCAAGAAAUCUGUGGUGUCAAUGGAAGCCAAAUACUGCCUGAGGAUACUGGCUGUAGAAGCAUGGAGGCUUCUGAAAAUAAGUCAGAUGCAACAACUUUUGGAACAAAGAGAUCAAAUACAAGUCAAGAUAAAGUUAAUGCAGACUUCAGUGAUAUCAGGAACGAGAGGAACAUCAAAUCACCCCCUAUGAGAUCUCAGUCAGUAAACCAUUUGGCACAUUGUAUCAGCAGCAUGAAAAUGUCGAUGGCUGUGCAAGAGUUCAGCAAAGAUGGUGGAAUUGAGGAGAACAACUCCUGCAACCAGUACUUUAAGGUAAGUGAUAAUCCUGCAAUUGUAACAAAUCAAGGUGUUGAACAUGAUGAGGGGCAAGCUCCCACUCUGAUUUAUGCAUCUCGGUUGCCAAGCCAGAUAAAUAACCAUAAGCAUAUCGGGAAGGAGAAUGCUUACUUCAUUUGGCAAAAGACCAGGAAAAAUAUUGGAAGUAUACAGACUCGUGGCAGGAAAAGAUCUAAUUGCUAUCAGAUGGGCAUGGAUAAGGAUACAGCAGGCAGAACUUCUUUAUCAAAGCACAAUUCCUUUGCAGGAGAUGGGUUGUUACCUUGUCCACAAUCUUCUUAUACUGAUAGGGCUGGUUUUCAGCAAAGAGCAAAAAAAUUGGGGAUCUGUGAUCAAGAAAGAUGCAUAACUCGUGGACAAGUGCUAAUUGAGUCCCCAAAAUGGACUUUUCCUCAAAGCUUGAAUGUUGGAUGUGGUCAGAACGUGUCCAUAUCAGGAGAUGGCUCAAUGGGGAGCAUGGCUUGGGAAAAGUUGAAAGAUAAACUAAACCAGCCUUUUAAGCAAGAGAAUGCCAUCCCUUACAGAAGGGGAUUUUGGGUCAGCAAAGCCAAUUAUUGUAAGUCUCAGACCAAGAUGAAUAUCGCCUGCAGAGAUCUUUUAGAAAUUCCAAGGACAGUUUCCCUUCAUAGGAGCAAUAUAGCUGGGGAAAGAAGCAGCCGUGGCAAUCAUCAUCAUAAAUUUGAUUUUUCAGAAGCACAUGAAUUUGUGCCCUCUUUUCCAGCUUUUUCAUCAAACGGACAGCUGCAUGGACCAUGGACAAGGACAUCAAGUCAUCAAAAGCUUUUGCAUGAGAUCCAACCAAAUGCUGCAACAGAGGUGCCCAUAUCUGAAGAUGCAUUAUUUGAAUGCUAUCAGGCUUUUUUGGAUAAUGAAAAUAAGUCGCCCGCAUGCCUUGAAUUUGAACUUCGUUAUAACAAUAAUUCUAAGGGGUGCAUCUCUUCCGGUGUUAGUUCACAGAAGUGGAUUCCUGUUGGUAAGAAAGACCAAGACCCCUUGAUGUUCAAAUCGAGUAUAGUUACUGAUGCUAGUAACAGCAAGAAAAUAAAAUUCCAUCAGAAAACAGAUAUUGUUGCUAUUUGUGAUGAAGCUAGUGUUACGGAUGUCAGCAAAGACAUGAAUGAUGGUCUUAUUAGUGGUAGACAAGGAAGAUCCCUGUGGGAAGGCAAAAGCGAUCACAAUGCAUCUGGUGCUUACUCAAAAAACUCGCCUAUAUACAUUGGUUCAGAGUUGACAACACAAGCUCUAGAUGCUGCUUACAGAUUUCAGUUAGCUUCUGAACGUGUUCAGCUGGCAACAGGUAGACCCAUUGCCGAGUUUGAAAAAUUGCUCUACUCUGCUUCUCCAGUCAUUAUUUCAUCUGUUCGGCAGUACCAUGAGGAUAACAGUAGAGAUCAGCCCAUUCCAGAUUCUUUUAACAAAUUCCAGAAUAUAGAUGUUUUAUUACAAGAUGUUUGGAGAUGGUAUGAGAGACCUGGAAAUUAUGGCUUGGAAGUAAAAGCAGAAGAGCCUCAAAACUCCAUAGGAUUGGAAACUAAUGUUGUGUCAUUUCAUGCGCAUUUUGUUCCGUAUCUCUCAGCAGUUCAGCUAUUUGUCCGCUCCCAGCAUUCUUCUACUGGAAGCAGCCCUGGAAACAGAACCUCAGGCGUGUCACAGAAGGGAGAAACUGAACCAUGCUCAUUGUCUUCCUUGUCUCAAAAUCAGUUAUGCCCUGAAUUAGCAGAGCAAACAUUGGUUUCUGAUCUUUUCAGUUCAAGAGAGAGGCAUAUGAAGCCAUUUCACUUAAUAAAAACGGACAGAGAUGACUCCUGCAAUUCUCUUUAUGCAUCCUCCUCCUCUGAUGAUUCAGAAGUGGCAUUCGAAUACUUUGAGCAUGAACCCCCACAACAGCGCAAGCCUUUCUAUACAAAGGUGAAGGAGCUCAUGGAGAUUGGUUCUUCCAAUCCUUCGGUAUUUGGUGACCCCUCCAAGCUAGGGAACAUGAAUCUGAAAGAUCUCCACCCUGCUUCUUGGUUCUCGGUUGCUUGGUAUCCUAUAUAUCGAAUUCCAGAAGGUAGUUUCCGUGCAUCAUUUCUGACCUACCAUUCUUUAGGCCAUUUGGUUCUGAGACGCAUCAAAUUAGAUUCUCUGGAGAAUACUGCCUUUUGUGUUGUCUUUCCUGUUCUUGGAAUGCAGAGCUACAAUGCGCAGGGUGAGUGCUGGUUCCGUCCUAAGAAGUCAGCUGGAUCUGUUUUGAUAGAUGGCACUUCUUUUGAGAUUUCUGAAAUACUCAAAGAAAGAUUAAGAGCUCUGGAGGAAACUUCUGCUCUCUUUGCAAGAGGACAUGUUCACAAAGAUCAGAUCAGGACCCCUAAUAGGCAGCCUGAUUAUGAGUUCUUUCUUUCUCGAAAACAAUGAAAUUAGCUGCUUCUGCCAUCUCAUUUUGAAGCACCUUCAUCUUGGUUCUCUUCCUCAGUUUGGGGUUCUUUUACACUGUGAAGAAUGAACAACGGGGCAUCAAGGUGGCAAACAUGCGCAUAGAGAAAACAGAAGAUUGUGAAUAGUAGAUGAAACCCAUAUCAUUUUUGAUACAAAACACUUUCGGUGAUUAUUUGUAGAGUAAGAUAGAAGUGUAAAUACAAUGCAUGCAGCUGUAGGUAGCAUCACCAGCCAUUCAUACUGGUCUUACUGUCCAUAGUGCAAGUAUCACCUCUUUAAAUAGGCCUUGAGAUAAUUUGUAUAAAGUAUUCUGAUCAUUAUAGUAGUAUCAUUUUUGAUGGCGCUCUUCUGGGCGGCAUUUCUA